AUGUUUAUAGUUGAAGAAUCACCAGACUUUCUCCAAGUCUUUUCUGAUGGAACUGUGAAACGCUUUUCCCCCGGGAUAGUCACUGCCUCAUCAGAACCCUCCAAUGGAUACAAGUUCAAGGAUGUUGUCAUCGACUCGUCGAAACCAAUUACAGGGAGGAUCUUCAUUCCUUGUGAUCCAACAUCCUCUAGUAAGCUUCCAGUUAUGGUUUAUUUUCAUGGUGGAGGCUUCUGCAUUGGCUCAACCACUUGGAUUGGUUACCAUCAUUUCCUAGGAGACUUAUCUGUUGCAUCGCAAUCGAUUGUUCUCUCAAUUGACUACCGUUUGGCUCCAGAGAACCGGCUUCCAAUACCUUAUGAAGACUGUUAUGAAUCACUUGUUUGGCUUCGUCACCAGGCAAGCUGUGAUCCAUGGCUGAACAAGGCUGACCUCUCCCGGGUUUUCCUAUCCGGUGACAGUGCUGGAGGGAACAUAGCACACAAUGUUGCUGUGAAAACUAUGCACAAUUCACUCAUUCAUGUCAAGAUAAGAGGACUGUUGUUGAUACAUCCUUAUUUUGGGAGUGAAAGGAGAACUGAUAAAGAGAUGUCAACAGAUGAAGAGGCAGUUGGGAAUGUGGCAAGCAAUGACAUGUUCUGGAGACUCAGUAUACCUGAGGGCUCCAAUCGCGACUAUUUUGGAUGUAACUUUGACAAGACAGAACUGUCUCUAACGCAAUGGCGCAACGAUUUUCCUGCUGUGACAGUUUAUGUUGCUGAACUGGAUUUUUUGAAAGAAAGAGGUGUAAUGUAUGCAGAGUUUUUGCAGAGAAAAGGAGUUGAGGUGAAGCUAGUUGAGGCUGAGAACGAGUCCCAUGUAUUUCAUGUUUUCAAACCCGAUUGUGAGGCAACCCGUUUGCUUCAGAAAAACAUGAAUGAUUUCAUUUGGAACUAUUAG